AGGUAAGUAUAAUGUAUGUACAGGUCUGCACCGUAACUUCUAUCCACCGUUACCUCCACUUAUCGUCAUGGAUUAGGAACCCGCAAUCGGCUUUUUUGGCCGUAGAGUGAUUAAAGUUCGAAUGACAAUGGGAUGAGCCGGAAGCGACGUGGCAGUUGCUUCCCUACUUAAGUGUAAGUGACCUGCAUUGUAACUUGAGUCGGGAUUAAAGAUCGAGUGCUUAAUUCCACAAUAAAAUUCAAUAUUGAGACAACACAAAAAUCUUCAUCUCUUCAUCUUUGACCUCAUAUCGGGCACCAAAUCACCAUAUAUCUCAAUAUGGCAGCACAGGCAAGCCCUAAGUUUGAAGGCUGGCUGGGCAAGUCUCCAGAUGCCGUCAAUGGAAAGAUGGAAUGGGGAGAAUAUGAGCCCAAGAAAUGGACCGAGGAUGAUGUGGACAUUGAGAUAUCACACUGCGGUAUUUGCGGUAGUGAUAUACACACGUUGAAGUCCGGCUGGGGCCCGACUCCCUACCCUUGCGUCGUGGGCCACGAGAUCGUCGGCAAGGCGAUACGUGUAGGAGCGAACGUGAAGCAUGUCAAAGUUGGCGAUCGCGUUGGAGUUGGUGCGCAAGCAAGGACUUGCCAGAAGAGCACCUGCCCGGAAUGCUCGAACGGCUUGGAGUCCUAUUGCCGAGAAGGCUUGAUCAACACCUACGGCUCCAUUUACCCGGAUGGAGAAGGCAAAACUUAUGGCGGCUAUGCGGACUAUAACCGUACAAACGGCCAUUGGGUCUUCAAGAUUCCGGAUGGAGUUGAUUCGGCCACCGUCGCUCCGAUGCUCUGUGGUGGCAUCACCAUGUAUUCGCCCCUAAAGCAAAACGGCUGUGGACCAGGCAAGACAGUGGGAAUUGUUGGUGUUGGCGGUUUGGGUCACUUCGGUAUUCUUUUCGCUAAAGCCCUGGGAGCCGACAAGGUCGUCGGUAUCUCGAGAAAGGAAGAAAAAAGGGAUGAUGUACUGAAACUUGGUGCCGAUGAGUACAUUGCUACGGGCGAGGAGAAAGACUGGGCAACGAAGCACCGACGAACCCUGGACAUCAUCAUCAGUACAGUGUCUCAUUCAAAGAUGCCGUUGAGUGACUACCUUUCUCUUCUAAAAGUAAGGGGCAUUUUUAUUCAAGUUGGCGCUCCUGAUGGAGGCGAGCUUCCCCCCAUCAAUGCAUUCCAGUUAAUUUUGGAUGGAAGCAGAAUUGGCGGUAGCGCCACUGGAUCUCCUUGGGAAAUAAGAGAAAUGCUGCAGUUAGCAGCAGAUAAGAAAAUCAAAUCUUGGGUUCAGGAACGACCUCUGAAGGACGCCAACCAGGCAAUCAUCGAUAUGGAGGAGGGUAAGGCCCGUUACCGAUACGUGCUCGUAAAUGAGAACUUUGGCAAACAUUAAAGGAGCAGCUGAUUUUCGGAGGCAUAGAACAUAGAUGCUGGAGAUAUCGAACCAGUUGACUUAGAGUAAAGCGAUUCAUUUCCAAGAAAAUAAAUAAUAUAAUUAUCCC